AUUGAAAAAAUGCUUGUCCGGAGCAAAACUUCCACAUGUAUGGAGGGAUUUCAAUAUUACUUGGCACAAAUGUUCACCAUUGUGAGGCGGAGUGUCGCGUGCAAGAUUCAGGUCCUUGCGGCCAAGGUCAAGGUCACACAUAGAGGUCAAAGUUCAGAUAAAAAUAUGAAGAUGUGUAUAUGGACCAUUUAGUCAUCAUUUAUUGAGGGAUUGUAACACAAAUGGUCAUUAUCAAGACUAUGGCUGUGAUACAUAUAAUUUAGGUCAAUAUAUACAAGGUCAAGGUCACUAAAGAUGAUGAAAUAUCCAGAUUUUGUAAAUAGAAUUUAAUCAAAGGGAGACAACAAAGUUAUUACUUUGUUCAUAAAUGACUUAAACAAUUACUCCCCUUGAUCUAUUUUCACUUUCAAUUCUAAAAAUAGAAUUUAAUCAAAGGGCAUGAAAUAAUCCUCUUUCUUGGACUUGAGUAUGUUCUAAAGAAUGUAACAUUUAUUUACACAUGUUUCAUUCAUUGGUCAAGAUUCUUAACUGUGAUAACUAUGGUGUUCUGUAGACUUGGUAUUUGUUCAUAAAGAUCAUACAGUAAUUACCUUAUCAAAUGUAAAUACUCUCUCAUAGAAAUUUAAUUAUAUUUUAAUUUUCAAGUAAAUAUCAGUUCAGCUCAUUCAAAGAUUAAGAAUUGUAAUGAAAUGUAUUUCCCUAGAAUAAAAUCUUAAAUCAGAAUUUUUUAGUUAUUAAAUUACAUGUACUUUUUAUACGCCCGUUUAAAAAAAGAUAAAAAUAUGAAGAUGUGUAUAGGGACGAUUUAAUCAUCAUUUAUUGAGGAUUGUAACACAAAUGGUCAUUAUAAUGACUACGGCUGUGACACAUGUACUUUAGGUCAAUAUAUGCAAGGUCAAGGUCACUAAAGAUGGUGAAAUAUCCAGAUUUUGUCUGGAGCAUAUCUCCUACAUGUAUGGAAGAAUUUUUAUAAUACUUUAUGGAAAUGUUCACCACCAUGAUAUGUAUUGCUCCAUGCAUGAUCCAGGUCUCCAGGUCAAAGGUCAAGGUCACACUUAGAGCUCAUUGAAAAACGCUUGUCCGGAGCAAAAUUUCUACAUUCAUAGGGGGUUUUCAAUAUAACUUGGCACAAAUGUUCAGCAUUGUGAGGCUGAGUGUCGCAUGCAAAAUUCAGAUCCCUGCGACCAAAGUCAAGGUUACACAUAGAGGUCAAAGUUCAGAUAAAAAUUUGAAGAUGGCUAUAGGGACCAUUUAGUCAUCAUUUAUUGAUGGAUUGUAGCACAAAUGGUAACUAUCAUGACUACAGGUGUUACACAUUUAAUUUAGGUUAAUAUUUGCAAGGUCAAGGUCACUGGAGAUGAUUAAAUAUCCAGAUGUUGUCCGGAGCAUAUUUUCUACAUGCAUGGAGGAAUUUUAAUGUUACUUUUAUACAAUUGUUCACCACCAUGAGACGUAGUGCCCUGCACAUAAACCAAGUCUCUAGGUCAAAGGUGAAGGUCACAGUUAGAGCUCAUAGAAAAACACUUGUCUGGAGCAAAACUUCUACAUGCAUAGAGGGAUUUCAAUAUAAUUUGGCACAAAUGUUCAUUAUUGUGAGGCUGAGUGCCGUGCAUAAAAUUCAGGUCCCUGCGACCAAGGUCAAGGUCACACAUUUUGUGCAUAUCUUCCCUAUUGAUUUGUUUUAAGGUUCAUUUAACAACACAGUGCCAAGAAUAAAAACUUGCUAGCUAGAUAAAACUUAUCCAUAAUGCCCCCAUCUCCAUCUAAAGCUUUUUCGUAAACGGGCGUAUUUUGUGACUAUGGCACCCUUGUUAUUCAAGUGAAAACAUAUUUCACAUGUGAAAUUUAGAAACAGAUGCAAGUGCAUGCAACAAAAUAAUAUUUGAAAUAAAAAAAUGACUAAAAAUAAUCUAAAUUACCAAAAAAAUUCUAUGAGUAGAAUAAUCUAAUGUCAUUUUACUUACUACGUAUAACAUGAUACUGCUCCAUUUCAAAUAAACUUUAAAAAAUGAAUCAAUUUUACUGUAAAAGAUUUUGAAGUACUGUAAGCAAUCAUGGGCCAAAAUAUUUUUUUUUAAAGAUUGGAGUACUUUGAAUAUUGAAUAAUAAUUUCCGAAGAUUAGCAAGCUAAAAGGUUCAAUGAUUAGAUUUUAAGAUACAUGAACAAUGCUAAAUAUUUGAGUGAAAGAUGCAUUCAGUGCUUAGUUAUCUAAAUACAAUGAUUACAGAUAUGAAAAUUGUUCAUUACUGCAGAAAAGACAAUUUAAGUCAUUCAAUUAUUAUCACUAUAAAAAACACAUUGCAAAACAGUUUCCAUAUCUCAGUUUUUCCUUUUUAGUUUGGGAUAAUGUCAUAAUCCGAACCGUCUGCCAUAUUGUUUACUUUUUACUCUGUCAAAAAACAAUUAAAUACUAACAAUAACAUUUAGCAUCUUGCAACCACGAUAAUGAAGUGUUCGAUUAGAUUGUCUGAACUAAAUGUAUAAAUCGAGCAAACCAUGAAGAAAUGGAAGUUGAAAAUGGGUCAAAUUGAAAGUUAAAAACAAGAAGAAAAUAUUGAAAAAAAGCCUGACUUUGAAAGCUGGCAGCAAUCACUUCCUAAAAAAAACUUUAUAGACCUCUGUGGGUUAAGAAGUUAUCUGUAUUCAACCUCUUGCUGUCUGUAGAAUUUGACAUUGUGUUUCAUUUCCAAUGUAGUUAAAACAAAGCAUUGAAAAGAUAAAAUGUCUAAUCGGCUGUUUAAGGUUUGGAACCACAGUAGGAUAAUUAAAAAAUUGGUUGUGGCUGGAUCGCUAGAAGAGUUGUUGCAAAAAGCUGCAGUUAAACUGGCCUUGAAUGGUGAGGUCAGAGCAGUGCUACAAAGUGAUGGCACUGAUAUUGAAGAUGAUGAAGUUUUAUCCCUGCUUCCCAAAGAUGAUGCUAUAAUGGUUCUUGAACUCAGUCAGCAGUGGGAAGAGACACCUACUGUUUUAACCAUACAUGCUGAAGAACAAAAGGAAACCAGGGAGACGCAGGAUCAAUCAGCGGGAACUUCCGUACAUCCAAGUCAAAUUGAAAUGGUCAACCAAAGUCAAAACCUGAUUGACAGGAAGCCAUCAUCUCAACUGCCCAACUUAUGUGAAUACAUCAAACAAAAGCUGUUGGCACAGGAGAGUCAUCUGGUAUGGACAAAGCUCAUACAAGAAUGUGCAUACUAUUACUUAGCUCAUUUACCUCGGAUAGGCCUUGACAACAGUUCUGGUGAUUACAGAGAAAUUGGACGGAAUAUGUAUGAUGCCUAUCCAGCCAUUGCACGUGAUGGAACUCAACCAUGGAGUUUCUUCACAAAAUGGCUGUCUCAAAAAAUAAGACGCAUCAGGUGGGACAACAAAAGGAGAAGUGUAACAACUAACACCAAGGCAGAAACAAAAAUGCCUUCACCCAAACGGUUUAGAGUUGGAACAUUAGAUGUGUCAGAGGAAUGUGACGAAGAAACAUAUUUGAGUCAUGUAAAGCAAAUGGUGCAGGAAGUGGAAAAAAAGGAACCUAAAAUUACCCAUAUGCAAACUCUACUGAAAGGGACUUUCAACCGCAGGAGACAAUGGAUACAACAAUUGCCUCAAGGGAGUGUAAAACCAAUUUUGGACAAGUUUCCAUGCUUCAAAGACCCUGUCUAUAUUAUGGCAGAAUUCAGGUAUAUACUUAAAAUCAAAAGUCUUGUGCCAGUUGUGAAGAGAUUUGAAGAUGUGUUCAGUGCAGUGUCUAGAUUGAUGAGCAAAAAUAUAGUACAGGUACAACAUGAUGACUCUAAAGUGGCAGUGCUGAAGGCUUUAGAAUCAGAAACAGCUUACAGAAAAGGAAAGGGCCAGAAGACUAAGCCUUUGAUGCAAAUAAUUAAGCUUGAAGAUGAUGGUAAUUUUGGGAGACUUCUUUCUUCUGCACCAGAGUCGGCACCAAAGUUGGUUGCAAUUGAGAAAGAUGAACAUAUUGUGAACAUGGCUAUUGUUUGUGAUGGUACACACAUUCUUCUAGAGACAGAUGAUUCAAUAGAGGCAGGAGGUGAGACACACACACACCAUCAACUUCAAAUUUUUGGCCAUAGCUGUGUUGAUUGGUUUGUAUUACCUUGCAGACCUAGAUUAUCCAAAGGCAUAUUCACAGGUGCUUGGGUUCCUUCAGCAAACUGUACAUCAGCAGCAGUUUGAUGGGCAUAAGAGCUAUGGAUUUGUUCAAUAUUUAAAGAGACUGAACAUGGAGAUGGAAAGAAAAGAAAAACAGCCAAUGUGACUUAAGUGAUCCAGCCAUCAUAAAGUGAAAAUUUGAACUUUACUUUCAUUUGGAUAAUUAUCAGUUUACACUGUUCAUUAUGUUUUACUGUUCAGCACUGAGAUAAGUCAAGCACGCUGUCUUACAUACACCUCUUGUUGGACUUGGGUUAAUAUUAUAGCAAUGUUGGAAAUUUGUGUGCAAUUUUAAGUACUUUCAUAGUUUAUUGUAGGAAUGGCAACAAAUGCUGUUUUGGUAUUUGAAUAUUUGUAUGGAGCAUUCAAAUGUAAUCCAAUAUUUGAAUAUUCGUAUAAGAAUUUUAUUGCAUCCAAAUUUGUAUUAUGUCCAUUACCAAUGCACUUUGAUCAAUAAGUUUUCCUGUUGAAUUGAGAAUUUUUAUGCUCUUUUGAGAGUCGUUAAUGAUGCCUUAGUAUAUAACUAUUCACAAUAUUCAUCAUAAGUAUUUUUGAAGAACUGAUUUCAUUAAUUAGAUGUGAUAUUUGCCAGCUGAAGGCAUUAUUGAGUGGUGAACAUCUCAUAUUUAAUGACUAGUAAAUCCAUAAUUAUUUUAUCCUUUGUUGAAUUUUGAAAAUAUGUACAAUAAUAAAUGUAAUUUUAUUUUAACUGGAGAUUAUAAUGCUAGAGUUGGGGAAAGAUUAGAUUAUGUUGAAGAAUCUUACCAUAUUUUACAUGUUUUUUUACCAGAAGAUUAUAUAUAAGAUGAAAUAUUGUCUUAAAACUGUGAAUGAAUUUUGAAAGUUAUUGUUAGAGUUUUGUAAAGCUUCUGGUGUUAGAAUAUUAAAUGGCAGAUGUUAUGAAGAUAAUAAUGUGGGUAAAUAUACAUGCAUUAAUACACAAGGCAGCAGUGUAAUAAACUAUGUUUUAUGUAGAAUAGAUUUGAUGCAAUUUAUUUCACACUUUGAAUUAAGUGACCAAAAUGUUUUGUCUGAUCAUUGCUAUGUGCACUUUAAUCUAAAAUCUUGUAAAAUAUUUGAAAAUGAAGAUAAAACUGAAACUGAUUAUUCAAAUAUACCUUACACUUAUAAAUGGGAAAACAGUAAAAGGAAUUGUAUAUUAGUAGUUUAGGUAGUAAUAGUGUUAUGAAUGAAUUUGUAAAUGUAUGUCAAACUGUUGAUGAUGCUGUAAGUAGCCAUGAAAUAGAUCAAUCUUUGACAAAUUUCUGUAAUACAUGUAAUAUAUUAGAAAAUGUAUGUAAUCCAUUAUUUAAAAGAAAUGUUACAAAUAACAUUAGUUCUAACAUAAGAAAAAAAAUGUAUAUUAUGAUAAUGAUUGUAAAGAUCUAAAAAAACAUAUUGUAGAUGUCUGAAUAUUUGGAGAAAUAAUAAAUGUGAUGAAACAAGGGCAGAAAUGGUACAAGCUCAUAUUAAUUAUAAAAAUACUUUUAGGAAAAAUAAAUUUAUUUAUGAUAAGGAACAAACACACAGAUUAGAAAAUGCUAGACUUUGUAAUGCUAGGUUAUUAUUAUAUACUGGAAAAUGUUAAAAAGGCACU